AUGGCACCAUUCGGAAAGCUCUACACCUACGAGGGCAACCCCCGCUCCACUGCCAUUCGUGCAGUUGCGAAGGCAAACAACAUCGAUCUCGAGAUCGUUGACACCAAGAUCGGCAAGGAUAUCUCUCCAGAGUACCUCAAGAUCAACAAGCUCGGCAAGGUCCCAACCUUCGUCGGUGCUGAUGGCUACGUCCUCCACGAGUGCAUCGCCAUCGCCAUCUACAUUACCUCCCAAAAUGAGAAGACCACCCUCCUCGGCAAGACCAAGCAAGAUUACGCUACCAUCCUGAAGUGGCUGUCAUACUUCAACACCGAGGUCCUCCCUGCUCUUGGUGGCUGGUUCCGUCCCCUCAUUGGCCGUGACGCCUACAACAAGAAGAACGUUGAGGAAUCUCAGAAGACUGCUCUCAAGGCAAUCGACGUUGUCGAGCAGCACCUUCUUCACAACACAUACCUGGCUGGCGAGCGUAUCACCCUUGCUGAUUUAUUCGCUGCUGGCAUCAUCUCGCGUGGUUUCCAAUACUUCUUCGACAAGAAGUGGCGCGCUGAGAACCCCAACGUUACCCGUUGGUACGAGACCGUCUACAACCAGCCCAUCUACUCUGCUGUUGCUGGUGGCGACCUCAACUUCAUUGAUGAGGCUAUCAAGAACCAGCCACCCAAGAAGCCUGAGCAGCCCAAGGAGGCCGCACCCAAGGCACCCAAGGCCGCACCCAAGGCCGCCCCUAAGCCAAAGGCCAAGGAGGAAGAGGAGGAAGAGGAGGCCCCAGCGGCACCAAAGCCCAAGCAUCCUCUUGAGGCUCUGCCCAAGGCAACUCUGCCCCUUGAUGAGUGGAAGCGUCAAUACUCCAACAACGACACUCCAGAUGCGCUCAAGUGGUUCUGGGAGAACUACAACCCUGAGGAGUACUCGCUCUGGAAGGUUGACUACAAGUACAACGACGAGCUGACCCAGGUCUUCAUGUCCUCUAACCUUGUCGGCGGUUUCUUCGCCCGUCUUGAGGCCUCCCGCAAGUACCUCUUCGGCUGUGCUUCGGUCUAUGGUACCGCCAAUGACUCCGUCAUCCAAGGUGCCUUCGUCGUCCGUGGCCAAGAGGCUCUUCCGGCUUUCGAUGUCGCCCCCGACUACGAGAGCUACGAAUUCACCAAGCUUGACCCAACCAAGGCCGAGGACAAGGAGUUUGUCAACGAGCAGUGGACCUGGGAGAAGCCAAUCACCGUCAACGGCAAGGAAUACCCAUGGGCUGACGGCAAGGUCUUCAAGUAG